AAGCACUAAACAAUAUUAAGCAGUUUCUACUUUUUUUUUACUUGUUAAAUGUUAGAGCACAACGCAAUUCUUAUGUCUCAUACUCAUUUUUAUUAACUUUUAUGCUUAUGAAUAGUAAAAAUCAAUAUUUAAGUUAUCUUUAAUUUUUAGGUAUUUUGUUUCAGUUAAUUUUGUCUGACUUGUAUCAAUUGUUAGUAGUUUUAAUUUAUUUAUUUUUUAACUUCGUACCAUCUUACCAAACCAAUGGAAUUUAAUUAAAAUCAUUUCACAGGCCUGUGAAAACCGCAAUCAAACCGGACAGUGUUUGGAGAAAAUGAUUUUCCUAGAAGAGUUAGAGCAGGCGGAGGUAGAGAUGGACGAGUACUAUGCACACGACAAGGAGUUUUGCAAGAUGUUCGUUCUAAAGCCCGGUUGGCCAUUUCCGGACGCUAACGUCAUGUAUACCGAGCCGGAGUGGAAGUUAGACGAGUUCCAAGAACUGAAAGCAUCGUUGAACCGCACUAAACAGAAGUUGAACGAUUUCAAUCUGGACGAGUGGCACGUGCACACGGGCAAAAUGAACCCGGCCGGCCAAGUGGUGAAUCAUGUCAAGAGGCAUGUGCGCCCUGACUUUGCGACGCAGGCCUGGUGUAAGUUUUACGAGAUAGCGAGCAGUUCGGACCUGGUGUCCCUGGACGAGAUCCACGAGGAAGGCAGCACGUCGUUCACCAGCGUUCAUUUGUGUGAGGCGCCGGGCGCUUUCAUCGCGGCGCUCAAUCAUUUCCUGGCAAUCAACCACGAAGAGCUGCGGCUCGAAUGGCUGGCGAUGACGUUAAAUCCGUAUCACGAGUCCAACGGACACCCGGACAUCGUGACCGACGACCGGCUGAUAUUGCACACGCUCUCCAACUGGGAAUUCGGUCCCGACUACACGGGCGACAUAUUUCAACCGGGGUACGCGGAACACCUGUACCGGACGGUGUUGGAUCGGUUCGGCGGCAAGGGUGCGUGGCUGGUGACCGCCGACGGGAGCAUCGACUGUUCGGAAGAUCCCGGCGAACAGGAGACGGUCGUGUCGCGGCUGCACGACCACGAGACGAUGGUGGCGCUCAGCGUGCUCCGGGACAGCGGGUCGCUGGUGCUGAAGUCGUUCACCAUGUUCGAGUGCAACACCAUUUGCAGAAUGUAUCUGCUGUGUUGCCUGUUCCGGUCGGUGGUGCUCCGGAAACCGAUGACCAGUAAGCCCGGCAACUCGGAAGUGUACGUGGUGUGCAAGGGCUACAGGGGCCGGUCGAUGGCCAUGCCGUACGUGCGAGCGUACUACGCGGACGACCAGCUCCGGCAACAGAACCAUCACCCGGCUGGCGCGGGUGCCAGCUGCAUGUUCCCGUUGUCGGCGGUGCCGGUCGAGUUCAGACAGCGGUUGUACAAGUGCGCCGAGCACUUUGCGCAAAUGCAGAUGCGCACCAUCGACUACAACGUGGCCGCUCUGCCGGUCCGGGAGGCGCUCUACCGCGAUAUGAAACCGGUGCAAGCGUCCGUGAGCCGGGAGUUCCUGGCCCGGCUCGAACUGCGGCCGAUCCGGUACAAACAGGAGCUGACGGGCAUGCCGAUAAACAACUUCGGCCAAAAGUCCUGGAUCGACCCGGUGCGGAUCAGCCGGAAGCCGCUUAGCCUGUCGUACGCGGAGACGGUGCGGAUCCGGAACAUGGAUCCGGGACUGGUAGCGACCACGCUGUACCUGGAAGUGCUCCGGUGCCACGAUCGGAGGGAGUCGCAACGGAAGAUGGACGACGUGGUGUGGCACAAGCGCGUGCAACUCUCGUACCGGUUACCGGACGUGGCGUUCCGGAUGGGCAAACCGGUGAUCGCGGUCAAGGGUUCCAAAUUUUGUUGCGAAGCGAUGAUGUACUACAGGCAGCGCGUGCUGUCCACGUUCCCGCGGGUCCGGCUCCGCGACCGAGGUACCGCGGUGGACGCCGAGUGCCGCAUGUCGUACUACCGCGCAAAGGUCGACCGCCCGGGCGCGGCCGUUUGCGAUCUGACGGACGUUUGCGAUGAACACGCUUCCGACCACACCGCGUUACAGCACCGGUGCCUGGUGACCAUCGUGGACGCGUUGCGGGCCCUAUCCGACGGCGACGACCUGCUCAUCGUCGGAUAUCCGCUUUACACGCAGCUGUCCGUCGCCACCUUUUACGCCGUGGCCAAGAUGUUCGACGCGUUCGGCCUGGUCAAGCCCGACCAGGCGUACGGUCACGCACUCGCGUUCCUCAAGUUCAGCAGCGCCCAUCACGGCGGCUGGCUGGCCGUGUUGACGAGAGCCGUCGGAUGCCUGGUGCCCGGCGACAACGGCGGCAUGGCGCUCGUCUCGUGGAUGCCCGUCAAGGUGUUGGUCGAGCAAAAGGUCUACGCGGACGUCGUGACCGCCAACAACACGUGCGUCCUACACGAGGUCCAACCCAUUUUGAUAUCGGCUUCCAGCGAUAACGUUCGCCAAGUUCAUCAGCUAAACGAACGGCGAUGACGGGCGUAAUGUGGUUGUAUAUGUACCGUAUCAUAAAGCUCCGUGCCGGGGUGACGCAUUUCUAUUGAUAUUUACAAAUAUAUUUUUUUAAUUUUUAAAUUGUGACGUAAAAUAAGGGUAUAGAUAAGAUUUUCCUGCAGUAUCCAGACCAGUCCGGUCCGGUACGCUGCAGAGAAAACGUAUCUUUAUCAAUUUUAAUUUAUGUAUAUAGUAAUUAUAAUAGUUAACUACUCGAGGUAAUUUAUUAUGUUAUAUCCGAGAUUUUAGCAAACCGUAAAUAGUUUUUUUUAUUUUAUUAUUAUUAUUAAAUAUUAAAUUUUAAAGCAGUACUUUUCGACUGAAAUGACACAAUCGUGUACACAAUUUUUAAUUUUUAUAUCAAUUCUUUGGUCGGAACUAUGGCCGUAUGGCCUGUGAGUUUGAUUACAAAAAUACAAAUUGCAAUUGAUCCAAAUGUUUUUCAGUGUUUUAUAAUUUUACUACCAUGAUUUUGUAGUGCUCCGAUUUUAUUUUAUUCACCAUUCGUAAGUUCACCUAACCCGUAUGGGCCAUCAUAUCGAUUGUUUUGUUAUUAAUAAUUAUUGUUAUAUAGAUAAUGGCAAUUGGUAUAUACAUCGUUGAUAUAAAAUACCAAAUAUCUGAUACAAUUUCUCAUUUAAGUUUACUAAUAAUUUAAUCUCACUAAUAAGUGAUAAUAUGAAAUAUCUCAAAAUUUUUUACUGCUAUUUAUCGCUACGAUCUUUUUUUCAAUAUUUACAUCACCUUUAUAUUUUAAGACUUUAAGUACCUAAUAUUAUUAUCGUCAUUAAAAAUAAUUGUAUUUUUAUUUAUAUUUUAAAAGUUGUCCUAUACUGUGUGAUAAUGAAACGUACCUACCCAACAUAUUUUUUACUUAUUUAAUAUUAUUUAUACUUGUCUUAAUUAUACUUCUAUUCAUAACUAAGAUGUGUGCCAUUAUAAUAUAUACAUUUUAUUCUAAAAUAAUUAAAAAAACAAUGAUUAGAUAUACUUAGAAUUAUUUUUUGUUAAAAAGUAAACAAAUAAUAAUAUAUUUGUUAAUGCAAAUAUUUAUAAAUAAUAUUUCUUUUAAAAAACUGUUAUAAGUCUUGAAAAAUUCCAAAAUUAAAACUUUUACUUUAAUGUUCUA